GUGGGCGAUGACUAUACACCACUAUCUGCAGUUGAUAUCUUUCUUCGUGAAGGAUCUUGUCUGAAGAAUCUGCUUCCCAUGCAAGUGAAUUGACUAAUGCUACUGUUAUCAUAAUUGACCAAUUAAGCUCUUUUUAUCAGACAUAUUUUCUUCCCAAGUUUGUUUGAGCGUUCAAGAUCAUCUCUAAAAAAGGCAUCCAUGCAUCAUGCAUGGCCAUGGCAUCCAGUAGCUAGGCGCAGGUUUUGAUAACAAAUUGCUACCAGGCUUUGGAGGAAUUCAGUCUGCAAACUUAUAUAUGCAUUGCAUGCUUCCUUCACCACCAAUUAAUGGAUGACAUUGAUCUUCAGUCCGAAUUUGUACCAUGAGUAUAAACAAUUUCAUGAAUAUAUGGCGUCUUGCAGCAACAUUACAAAAGAAUACCAAUCUCACUUGUGGCUCUCGAUAUACCAGUCAGACCAGCAAAACUGGUACAGCAAACCUCUGCCAUGGAUUGGGGUUUAUAUCGCAUCAGCAUCUCUGUUAUGCAUCCUUGCAAUGGUGGCCGAUUUAUUACAUGGUCUGAAUAACAGAAAGUUAUGGUUUCCGUGUAACUAUUUCACUUUGAAUGCUGCAUCUCUCACUGUGAUAGCUGUUGCAAUAAAGCUACCCAAUGAUCUCACUAAUCUAAUGCCAGGUCGUGUGGACCACACUGCAAAGCUUGGAAGCUUGAGCUUUAUGUGCACCAUCAUGGCAAAUUUAUUACCUUCUCUAGCUACCAUGGAAAACAAGGAACUUGUCUCAAACUUGAUAGCUUUAGUCAUUCUGGUAAUCACCUUGGUUGUCAACGUUUGCAUUCAAAUAAACACAAAAGUUCUCUCCUAUUUCGGAGAUGAUAAAUCUUUCUUGCAUAUUUUUGAGCGAAGAGGACGUUUACCGAUGGCCGCAUAUUUAAAAGGUCAAGAAUCCAUAGCAGCCAUUUAUGUGGUUUUGUUACUCAUGUUGCUGAUAAUAUAUGUGUGUUCAUCUUUAGCAAUUUUAAAGUCCAAACAGAUACUAGAAUCGAAAUACCAAGCAACCGAUCAAACAGCCUUAAAGGAUCUAGAACAACUACAACCAGGAAGAUUAACAGUUGAAAAGCUAAAGCAGCAUGUGAGCAACUACUGGAUCAUGGCAGGAACCGGAAGUCCUCAAUUCAUGAUAGUUUGCUCUGCUACAACCUCUGCUUCUGGGGUGAUAUGUGCUUCUAGCACUGCCUUACACAUUUAUAUGGUGUGUUACUAUAUUAAAGAUCUAACGGACUAUAAAACGAAUUAUAAGUGGUCAAUGUCAGUGAUUCUUUUAAUACAGUUUAGCGGAGUCAUACUCGGUACACUCGCCCCUAUUUCUAGAUGUUUUGCAGCCUUAAGCUUUAAGUUGUCUGUAAAAUGGAUAUCAAACCAUGUGAUCAAGGUCUUUAAAGUAGAGAGCUACUGGACUCAGAAGUUAUCUGACUGA